CCUUAAUUCAUCUCUAAAUCGAUCAUCUACACCCAUUUCACCAUGUCUUCAGCCAUCACCACUUCCCUGCUAAUGCUGGAAUACACCGGCACUCCCAAUCUUGUCGCCCAUGUCAUCGGCGCAAACCCCACAGCUACGACAUUCGUCUUGGACUGCGAAAAACCAAAGAACAAGAAGACCUGGGACGAGGACGAGUGCUGGUUCACGAAAGAGACUAUCAUUCUCGGCCCGUGGGCUGACAAGACACCUGCGCCUGGAGCCGUAACCACCGGUAUCUGGAGAGAAGGUAGCGUCGACGACGAUGAAGAAGAAGGCUACUCGUUCUCGAUGGAAUGCCAAAUGGAUUAUACGAUGCCUAAAGUCUGCACUACUACCAACCAUGCUUCUUUUUCCUUCCACGAUGGUCGGGAGGUUACAGCGACGUACACCAAACACGGCGGUACGACGUUUGACGGGUUCUUCUAUUUUGGAUAUGGAUACUUUGACUGGACUCCCGUAACUGUCACAGCUGGUCAGUCGUAUCUUCUUUCUGCUAAGACCGCCGCUUCCACGGAGGCUACAGCCACGAGUGAUGUCUCUGGAACUGCCAAUGCUGCAAAAGCAACGACCUCGGCGGGCGAAACUACCAGCACGAUGGAUGAUGCUGUGAUUACCGUUACUGGCGAGGCUUCGUCUACAACGACUUCGAGUAACGGCGCAGGCACUAGACGUGCUUUAAGCCUCUGGGCUGCAGUGGGACUUGCGGCGACUGUGGUCUUGUUAUGAACAUUGGUGGUAUCAGACUAGUAGGAUUUUUAUUCAUGGUAACUGGUCGACGCCAGUUAUUUCAAGGGAACAGAAGCGAGUCGAUGCAACAACAGUGCAUAUUAGGAUAAAAGUAAACCAUAUUAUUAAUCCUUUUACCCAUUUGCCUAAAACCUGAGAAGCUGCCCAGAAGUGGGGCUGCAUUACAAUCACA